AACAUAAAAAUCUAAUUUUGUAAUUUAUUGUACGAGCCUCUAAUUUUGCAUCAAAACUUUCAAAUUAAAAAAUGUAUAUGUUGGAAAAAAAUCAAGGCAAAACCACAAAUUGGAGGAGGAGCUCGUCCGAAAUUCGAUUCAGCGGAUACAAAGCGGCAAUUAUAUAUAUAAUGUUAUCGAGCUAAUAAUCGCUCUGUUGGAAAAUCGUCUUUAGUGUUGAUGGUUCCUCAUCUCUGAAUUCGUUAUCAAAACAUAUUUACUGGUUCAUGUGAAUAAAUUUUUUCAAAUUGAAUAGAUUAAAUUUUGGAAUUAGUGGUCUUGAAGUUUAAUUGAAAAUGGUUCUCUGCCGGUUUUUCCUUCAAGGCAGCUGUAGAUUUGGAACUAAAUGCAAUAAUGAACAUUUGGAUAUAAAGCAACUCGUUAAGACGGAUUUAGAAGCUGCAAUUAAUGGCAAACAAUGGCCAAUAUCCUGUUUUGGACCCUUUAAGGAUAAACCUAGCGUACCUAGUUUUAUAGAAGAUCAAUCAUUUGAAGAAAUACGCUGGUCGUGCUAUGAGGCCAAGCAAAAGAAUUGUGUUGAUCAAUAUGUACAACAAUUUACUAAAGAAGCAAUGGAAGCGAAUAACAAAACGAAAGCAAUGUUACAGUUGUCACCUGCAAUAUUAGAUGUAAUUUGUCGUCUGUAUGAUACACCUGUUGACGGCGCAAAUACGGGAUUGACAAAAAAUAAUGUAAAUAAUCCGUUUGGAAUGGGUGGUAAUGUUAUUAACGACGCAACAUCAUCAAUAUUUAAUAAGCCAAAUAAUAAUACAUUUGGUAGUGGAUUCGGAAAUAAUGCUGCGUCGAAUAGUUCCGGAAGCGUAUUUGGUGGUUCUACAACAACGCCAGCUCCAGGAAUAUUUGGUGGAGGAGGAGGUUUCGGUUCUCAAACUCAACAGACUUCCAUUUUUUCUCAACAAGCGCAAAAACCUACGUCUUUGUUCGGUGGUGGAGGUACACAAAAUAGUUUGUUUGGUCAAGCUCAAUCCAAUCCUACAGUUGUUGGUGGUAUAUUUAGUCAAACGGGGCAAACUAGUAACUUAUUUCCGCAAAACGUACACCAGCAACAACAAACGCAACUCUCAGCCAAUGCUGGAUUAUUUGGUCAACAGGGACAACAGACACAAAUGAAUGCAGGAGGUGGAUUAUUUGCGCAGCAGGGUCAAGUGCAAUCCUCGACAGGUGCUAAUUUGUUCAGUCAAAAUAUUCAACAACAACAGCCAAACUCUGGAAAUAUUUUUGCUCAGACAAUGCAAUCACAGCAGACGCAACCAAUUUCCGGAUUUUCAUCAUUUCAAGUUAAUAAACCAAAUCAAACAACCUCAGUGUUUGGACAACAGCAAAAUGCUUUCGGCCAGCAGAACGCGAAUAUGUUCAGUAAUAUGAACACAAAUCCUUCGGGUAAUAAUGCAAACAAUUUGUUUGCGCAAGCGCUUAACUCUGUAGAUACAAGCGGUGUGUUUAAAAAUUCUAAUUCAGCAACAAUUCCUGCCCAAAACAUCUUCGCUCAGACCGUGCAGCAACAGCAGCAGCAACAACAGCAAAUGCCUACAAAUAUGUUUGCACAGUCUUCUCAAUCUUCUACCGCAAUGCAACCACCUAAUGGAUUUUUUCAACAAAAUAUGCAAUCACAACAAAUGCCUAAUCAACAGAACCUAUUUGCACAGACAAUGGGCGGAAAUAAUACCGGUUUAUUACAAUCACCAGUGAUAAGCAGCAGCGUGUAUAGUAAAUUGGAGGAUCUGUCACCAGAAGAUAUUGAGGCUUUCAAAGCGGAAACAUUUACGCCAGGAAGAAUUCCGAACGUACCACCCCCAAGAGAGUUAAUUAAUUAAUUUUUCUUUUUUUAUAUAAAGCACACAAACCGAAUGAAUGACAAAUAAGAGCACACACUAAAGUGACAAAAAACAUAUGAUAUAAACAAUUACAAUUUUUUUUGGAAAACUG